UUGGCUAGGCAAUUAUGCAGAUUAUCAAUACUGAGAACAGAUUGGUGGAAAUGAUCAGCUGACAGAAUCCAAGAUGGCUGCGCCCAUGCAGACACUUGGAGGGAAGUUUGGUUUGUAAUCCAUGUGGUAAUGAAAACAGUAAUGGCGGCGCCGGCCACCGGAGACGGGAGGCGCCAGGCUGACAGAUGCACAUCCAACCACGCGGACACAGCGGAGGCCGCGGCUGACGUAAUCGCCACUCAGACACUCUGCAUGCAGAAGUUCAGGGACGGCGGCGGAGGCCGCGGGAGACGCCAUGCCAGGUGUAAUAUGGCGUUUACUGUGACAGCGUCCCAGAGUGACAGGAGAGGAUACAGGAAUGUACACAUCAGGAUAACAGAUGGGAUCCGGUCCUGGAGCGCUGAGCCAGCCUUAGGAGGCAUCUGAUGGGUAAGAAAUGGCGUCCAGAUACCCGGAUCGUGACACUUGUUUUCUUAAGACAAUGAACGCGGAUGGGGCAGACAGUAAAACGGAUGGCAGUGAUGAAGACUAUCUCCCCGACUCAUCUGAGUUGAGCAGUUCAAAUGACAGCAGCGGGGAAGAGACAUCUUUUCACAGAAGACAGGCGCUGGAAGAAGCCGAGGCUUCCUCCACAGACGGCGGCCUGAACCGACGGACACAUCACGGCGUGUCAGUCCAGGUUCUUACCCAAAAAGGGGAUGGUUCCAGAACAUAUAACAAGAAGAAAAACUUCUGCCUAUGGUGUGAGAGGCCAUAUUCCAAAAUUGUGAGGCACGUGGAAGCCGUCCACCGCAGUGAGCCAGUGGUAGCAAGGGCACUGAGCUUUGACAAGAAUUUCAGGGAAAGGUCAGUGCAGCUGAACCUAAUUCGCCACCGGGGGAACUUUGCACAUAAUAUCGGUGUUCUCCGCGAGGGCAGCGGUGUCCUACUACCUUGCAAGCAGCCGGCCAAAGCAGCAGCUCCCCAAGAUUUCAUGCACUGCGCACACUGCCAAGGUCUGUUCUCCAGGCGACACCUGUGGCGACAUGUGAAGAGGUGCCCUCUUCGAAAAAGGGGUGGCCACCCCAAACCUGGUAGAACUCGGGUCCAGUCCCUGUGCACUUAUGCCACACCCGUUACGCCAGGUGUUGGCACCGGCCUGUGGAAGUUGUUGAGCCAAAUGAAUUAUGAUGAUGUGGUACCUGUGAUCAAGGGGGACAGCUGCAUCAUGCAGUUCGGGCAGCACCUCUACAACCGACUGGGGUCUGAUGUCGGCAAGCACGAGUACAUCCGCCAGAAGCUCCGAGAGGUGGGUCGUCUCCUGCUGCAUGCGAUGAAAGUCACUCCAUUGCGGAGCAUGGAAGAUUUCAUCCGCCCACCCAACUUUUUCCACGUGGUGCAUGCCAUCAGGAGCCUGGCUGGCUACGAUGACAAGACCAACACCUAUAGGGUCCCCUUGCUGGCCCUGAAGGUGGGCCACAGCUUGCAAAAGAUUUCCGCCAUGGUUGAGUGCCAGGCGCUGAUGGAGGGCAGUGCCCUGACAGUGGAGAGCGCACGGAGCUUCAGGAAACUGUACGAGGCGAGGUGGAGUGAGCUCAUCUCAACUGCUGCCCUGAAGACCCUACGAGAGAUAAAAUGGAAUGCCCCACUCCUCCUACCCUUCACUGACGACGUGAAGCGAUUGAACCUGUACCUCCUUGACCAGCAGCGGGAGUACUUGGAUGGGUUAUCUGCCCACCCUUCUGCAAAGCAGUGGUCAAUGCUGGCCAAGGUCACCCUCACACAGUUGAUCCUCUUCAACCGCAGGAGGGAAGGUGAGGUGUCCAAGAUGCGGCUAUCCUCAUUUGAAUCACGGCACACAGCCGACCUGCAGGGUGACGUGGCCCAGGCCCUCUCGGAGAUGGAGAAGGCUCUCUGUCACCACUUCACCCGUAUUGAGAUACCUGGUAAAAGAGGCAGGAAGGUUCCCGUCCUGUUAUCCCCAUGCAUGCAGAAAGCCAUGGAGCUCCUGACCGAGAAGAGGGCAGAGUGUGGUGUCACCCCUGACAAUUUCUACAUGUUUGCCAGGCCAGCCGCCUUAUCACACUUCAGGGGAUCCGACUGCAUUCGUCUCUAUGCCCGGGAGUGUGGGGCCAAGCAUCCCGAAGCACUGUCCUCCACCCGCCUCCGGAAGCAUGUAGCCACCCUUUCCAGGGUCCUCAACCUAAGCGACACUGAGAUGGACCAGCUAGCCGAUUUCCUUGGACAUGACAUACGGGUGCAUCGACAGUAUUACCGUCUUCCAGAAGGUACCCUGCAGCUGGCCAAGUUAAGCAAGCUCUUUGUGGCCCUGUAGCAAGGGAGAAUGGCUGAGUUCAGGGGCCGCAGUCUGGAGGAGAUCUCCAUUGAUCCAGAUGGUAAGUAUCACUGGACGAGUGUCUCCAGGGACUGACACUGUAAGUGGGCUGGUGUGACGGGGUUUACUGUCUUUCUCUAUUUCCAGAACCAAUCCAGGUGGCAAGUGAUGACUCUGGGGAUGAGCCAGAGAGGCAAGCCAGUGAGGUGACAGUGGUGCACACCGAGAAAGAAGCAAACAGUGUGGCAGUGGAGGGAGCCAUUCCUAAAGGUGACAGCAGAGGUGCUAAGAGAAAACCAUGGACCCCAGCGGAAGUCAGAGCCGUUGAAAGACACAUGAUGCGGUUCAUCCACUCCUGCAAGGUUCCGGGCAAGAAGGAUUGUGAUGCGUGCCUACGGGCUGAAACUCAAGCACUGAAGGCUCGGAACUGGCUUUCAAUUAAAUUCUACAUAAAGAACAGAAUAACUGCGAUAAUGAGAAAGAACAUGAACUAAAUAAAUAAAUAAAAAAUAAGUAAACAAACACAUGCAUACAUACACAAAUAAAUAAAUGAAUAAAUAAAUCAAUACAUAAUAAAAUGUGGGUGCCAUUGCACCCGGUGGCCACCUGGGGGGAGGAUGUCACACAUAAAUUCAUCCAUAUAUUAUGUCCCCAUGGUCCCCUCCCAGGCCGCGCACGCCCGCACCCUCUGUCCCCUUGCACAGGCUCAAGGCUGGGUCCUUCCAGGGGUAAGGGAAAUGGUGUCCCCGUGAAGGAUGUUCCAUACAUGGGUCCCGAUUAGGUCACAAAAACAAGUAUGUGUGUGUGUGUGUGUGUGUGUUUGUACAUAGAUGCAGACUGAGCUUGGUGCAAUGUGAAAAAGGAAAGGGGGCUCUACCUGGUGCAAUGUGUUAAAGGGGGCUCUAACUGUUAAAGUGUGUAAAAGAGGGCUUGACCUGGUGCAGUGUAUAAAAGGUGACUCUAACUGCUGCAGUGUGUAAAAGGGGGCUCUACCUGGUGCAGUGUAUAAAAGGUGGCUCUAACUGCUGCAGUGUGUAAAAGGGAGCUCUACCUGGUGCAGUGUGUAAAAGGGGGAUCUACCUGGUGCAGUGUGUAAAAGGAAACUUUACCUGGUGCAAUGUGUAAAAGGUGAUCUGCCUGGGGUAAUAUGUAAAAGGGACUCUACCAGGUGAAAUGUGUAUAAGUGCCACUACUGUGUAGUGUAAUUUGAAUAAUGGAGACUACUGUGCAAUGUAAUAUGAAUUGGUAUUAUUUUGAGACCACACUCCUUCCCCAUAAAGCAACUCCCCUAUAUAAUUUAUACGCACCUUCGGUGCACACUGUCCCUAUUUUAAUUAUGAAGGUUGGGGGCACCAUUUCUAUUUCUAGCACAGGGCACCAAAAUAUCUAAUUAUGGCUCUGCAUAUACCCAUUAUCCCCAGCAAUUUUCCUUUUCACUUCAAACGCUUGCAGUUCCCGAUAAAAUUAUGACGAUCAGAUAUCAGGACCAGCUGUUUCUCCCAUGAGUAGCUUUAGGUGGCUUCCUCACAAGUUAGUAGCCCCAAGAAUCUUUUUGUGUUAAUCCAUGUAGGAAAAAAUACAAAGUAGUAGUACUACUGUCUUUGUAAAAUUAGUUCUGCUGAGCAAUAACAGAUAUCCACACGAGCAAGCCACAGGCAAACGCAGUGUAUAUAUCUAUCAGAUGCAUCACUCACCUAAGGAGGACCUGCUGCGGCCAUGAAAGGGGUAUGGCUUGAUGGGAUGGGGGUGUGGCUUCUCAGAGGGGGCAUGGCCAAGCUUCCAAACCCUGUUUUCAUCACCCUGGGGGGUCUAGAAGAUGCUGGCUUCCUCAGGAGACUGGCGUUCUGGCUUCUACAGGCUGACAGAAGCCAGGUUGCUGCAAGUAAUUUUACAGUGCAGCACCCUGCUCUUGUCACUGAGCAGGAGCCUGCACUUUGGUGUCACCUCUCGUGGGUGACACCUGGGUGCAGGCCGCACCCUCUGCACCCCCCUUGUCACACCACAGAUUUUAUAUAUAUAUAUAUAUAUAUAUAUAUAUAUAUACACACAAUGGAGCGCAGCUAUGCCAGCAUCACGCUGCGUAUUUUUGGCCAGCUUGGUCCUGCGCUUCAGUAGUGAACGGCAUAAUGCCAGAGAUAAUGGUAUAUUAUCCUUUAUAACACCCGGCUGGUAUUCGCCUCGGAGCUGUAUACCCAAUACUACUGUAUGCAGCGGACAUAACAGUAGUGUAUGUUGGACAAGGAUAUGAUGUUAUACUGAUAUACUGAAUAAUCCAAGAAGGUGACUGCUAGGUACAAGAUGUGUGCCUGCGGUGGGAAAUAUUCCCACGCAUAUAUGUUAUGCCUAUCAUGGAAUAUCUCCCUGAGCCUGAUAUGUGUCUGUCACAUUAUUGUACUGUUUAUUGCAUGGGUGUAAUAUUUUGUUGUCCAUUGUGGGCCCAGCCAGAUAGCUAUCAUGUAAAUUAUAAACAGGAAGUGCAGGGCUGAUCCCCCUCUGUCGCAACCCCCCCUUCACAGGAAACAGCAGUCAGCUGAAGGCCUUGUUACAUCACAAAUGACUACAAGGGGUUAAUCGUGACUCAUUUUACUUUACCAAUGUGAACUACCCCCUUAUCAGAAUAUUUACCUGCCUUUGUUCUAACAGGGCUCUUUCUAGACUUAGUGACUCCAAAGCCACAAGGGGUCCCCUGGUGUCCCUGGACAUGUUUAACUAUUAUGAUUUAAAAUCCAACCAAUCCCAGAGUGAGAGUUAUCUCCUAUCUCCACAAGCAUCAGAGGUUUUAAAAUGUCAUGCAGAAGGGCUUUUGGGAGUGAGUUGAGUGAAGCUCCUGCCUUGUCAGGAGUUUUGUAAUGAGGCUGUUGACAGGAGUCAGGAGAUUCUGUCAGCCCGAUUGUCUGGAGACCUGGCUCUGCAGAGAGGGUCCAGUAUAGGCAGCCAAGCAUAUUGCUCCCACAGGAGCUAUCCUAGAUACCUGGCUUAAGUGUGCCAGCAGGAGUAGUGGAUUCACACAGACCACGCAGCCGGGAUCAGCAAGACAGACAUUAUCACCCCGUCCAGCAACCAGCAUCCACCAGGUGUCGCCAAACGCAAGUAUUCCCUGAGGAGGCUAGAGACUGUGUAGGUGCAGGGAUUCUUGCUUUUGUGUGGUUCUUUCUGUUAUAUAAUCUUAACUGUAAUUGUUAUUAAUGCGACCUGUAUAUAUUGUACAUAU